UUAACCCACUGUUCCUAGGCUGUCAUUGAAAAUAAGAAUUUGUUCUGAGGUACUAAGCUAAAUCUUUAGGUUUAAAAACAUUAUUAUCAUUAUUGUGUUUGUCUAUAUAUUAUGGUAUUUACGGUAUGCUAAUAGUUGCUCCCACACAUGAAGCAGGAAUGUGGCUUUGGCCACACCACAUCCAACUAAGGCUAUUGUAAACAGAGAAGUUGAAGAGCGAGAUCUGACUCGACAUAUUUUACUGAUGUCAAUCUAUGUAAUCUUUACUGUGUUACCUGAAGGCUACAAUCAAUAGACUUAAAUGUACCUGGCUAAGUAAAGAAGCAAAAUCAUGCAAGUCUGAGUGGAUGAACGAGAAGCAGAGAGAUUGUGGAAGGAAGGGAGCGAGGGAACGAGCAAGAGAGAGUGGGUGGGAGCUCGGCCACUUUUGCCAGCAGUCUGAGUCAGAAGGAGAAAAAAAGGUGGGAGCGGUGCUCUUUCGCUCUGCUCUCUCGUAAGUUGCAAGCAUGUUGGCUUCCUCUUUGGUUUGAAGUCCAGGACGGCGGCACCACACCCCUGGCUGGCCCCCCCUUCCUCCACACACCCUCACCUUUCACCCGGGCUCUCCCAGCUGUCUCUGGAUCCUGCGAGACCCCACUCGGUGCCAGGCCUGAUGCCGGAAAGGCCCCCUGGAAGCGUGUUCCCAACCCUGGUGGUUGUAGGACAUAUUGUCACUUUGAUCGCUGUUUGGCAGUGGAGGCAACGUAGGAGGCAGUUAAGAGAAGAUGAACGGGACCGGGUACAGAAGAAGACCUUCACAAAAUGGGUCAACAAGCACUUGAUGAAGCACUGGAGAGCAGAGGCACAGCGGCAUAUCACUGACCUGUACGAGGACCUCCGAGAUGGACACAACCUCAUCUCCCUGCUGGAGGUGCUCUCUGGAGAGACACUGCCCAGGGAGAAGGGGCGCAUGCGCUUCCACAAACUGCAGAAUGUACAGAUCGCACUGGACUUCCUCAAACACAGACAGGUCAAACUGGUCAACAUCAGAAAUGAUGACAUCGCUGAUGGAAACCCCAAGCUGACCCUGGGCCUGAUAUGGACCAUCAUCCUUCACUUCCAGAUCUCCGACAUCCAGGUGAAUGGCCAGUCAGACGACAUGACGGCCAAGGAGAAGCUGCUGCUGUGGUCCCAGCGCAUGGUGGAGGGAUACCAGGGGAUGCGCUGCGACAACUUCACCACCAGCUGGAGGGACGGCAAGCUCUUCAACGCCGUCAUACACAAACACAGGCCUACUCUGAUUGACAUGAGUAAGGUGUACCGACAGACCCAUGUAGAGAACCUGGAGCAGGCCUUCAGUGUGGCAGAGAGAGACCUGGGUGUCACUCGGCUGCUCGACCCAGAAGAUGUGGAUGUGCCACACCCAGACGAGAAGUCCAUCAUCACAUACGUGUCCUCCCUGUAUGACGUCAUGCCCCGUGUACCUGACGUCCAGGAUGGGGUGAAAGCCAAUGAGCUGGAGCUGCGCUGGCAGGAGUACUAUGAGCUGGUGACCCUGCUGCUGCAGUGGAUCAGACACCACAUCAUCGUGUUUGAGGAGAGGAAGUUCCCUACCAGCUAUGAGGAGAUUGAGGUUCUUUGGCGCCAGUUUCUGAAGUUCAAGGAGACAGAGCUGCCGGCAAAGGAAGCUGACAAGAAUCGAUCCAAACAUGUCUACAAGUCAUUUGAGGGUGCAGUUCAGGUGGGUCAUGUCAAGGUGCCCCCUGGAUACCACCCUAUCGAUGUGGAGAAGGAGUGGGGUCGUCUGCAUGUAGCCAUAUUGGAGAGAGAGCGUCUUCUAAGGACAGAAUUUGAGAGGCUGGAGCGGCUGCAGAGGAUUGUCAGUAAGGUCCAGAUGGAGUCUGGGGUGUGUGAGGAGCAGCUCAACCAGGUUGAGGGCCUGCUACAGAUGGAUGUCCGUUUGCUGAACUCAGGAAAGCCUGCUAAGCACACAGCAGAGAUAGAGACAGACCUGGACAAGGCCGAGGGCAUGAUCCGGUACCUCUUCAACGAUGUGCAGCUGCUGAAGGAUGGACGCCACCUACAAGCUGAACAGAUGUACCGCAGAGUGUACCGUCUCCACGAGCGGCUGGUGAACCUGCGCAGUGAGUACAAUCUGCGCCUGAAGUCCGGGGUAACCAUCACCCAGAUGUCCCAGAUGCAAACCCUUCAGCAGGCACCCAUGAGGGUGCGUCCCGAGCUGGAUGAGGUGACCCUGCGCUACAUCCAGGACCUGCUGGCCUGGGUGGAGGAGAACCAGAGGCGGGUGGACCGGGGGGAAUGGGGCUCGGACCUGCCCACCGUGGAGUCCCAGCUGGGCAGCCACCGCGGCCUUCACCAGUCAGUGGAGGAGUUCCAUGCUAAGAUUGGCAGGGCAAAGGCAGACGAGAGUCAGCUCUCCCCUGUCAGCAAAGGUGCCUACAGAGACAACUUAUCCAAGCUAGAGUUGCAUUAUGGCAAGCUUAUGAGUUCUUCCAAGGCUCGUCUGCACAGCCUGGACGGGCUUCAUGCCUUUGUCACUGCAGCCACCAAGGAGUUGAUGUGGCUGAAUGAAAAGGAAGAGGAGGAGGUUAACUAUGACUGGAGCGAACGCAACACCAACAUGACAGCCAAGAAAGACAACUACUCGGGGUUGAUGAAAGAGCUGGAGCACAGGGAGAAGAGGGUCAACAGUGUCCAGGUCCAAGGAGACAAACUACUGAAGGAGGGUCACCCUGCCAAGACGACUGUAGAGGCCUUCACUGCAGCACUGCAGACCCAGUGGAGCUGGAUCCUGCAGCUCUGCUGUUGCAUCGAGUCCCACCUCAAAGAGAACACUGCCUACUUCCAAUUUUUCUCCGACGUGAAAGAGGCAGAGGAGACGAUGAAAAAGAUGCAGAAGACAAUGAAGAAGAAAUACACAUGCAACCGUAACAUCACUGUGACACGACUCGAGGACUUGUUACAGGACGCAGCUGAUGAGAAGGAGCAACUGAAAGAGUUUAAGACCCAUUUGGAUGGGCUGAACCGGAGGGCCAAGACCAUUGUCCAGCUGAAGCCACGUAACCCAGCAACACCAGUUAAGGGCAAAUUGCCUGUCCAGGCCGUCUGCGACUUCAAACAGAUGGAGCUCACAGUUCACAGAGGGGAGGAGUGUGUACUGCUGGACAACUCUCAGCCGUACAAGUGGAAGGUGCAGAACCCCAAAGGCAGCAAGGCCACCGUGCCCUCCAUCUGUUUCCUGGUUCCUCCCACCAAUAAUGACGCAGUGAGCGGCGUCUCAGGUCUGGACACUAGUCACCAGAACCUGCUGGUCCUGUGGCAGAUGCUGUACGUGGACAUGAAGAGCCUCAUGUCCUGGCAGUACCUGACGAGAGACAUCCACCUCAUCAGCUCAUGGAACAUCACCGCGUUUAAGACCCUGAGGGUAGAGGAGUACAGGCUAGCUUUGAGGAACCUGGAACUCCACUACCAAGAGUUCCUAAGAGACAGCCAGGACUCCCAGCUGUUUGGUGCAGAUGACCGCAUGCAGGUGGAGAGUAGCUACAACAAGGCUAGCCAGCACUACGAAGGACUGCUGCACUCUCUGGAGAAAGGCUAUGUGUCACCCUCUGGAGGUGAGCAAGAUGAAUCUGAGUGCCGAAGCUACCUGACCAAGAUCAAGGACCUGUGUCUGAAGCUGGAGGGAUGUGAGACUCGCACCGUCGCACAUCUGCGACAGCCCGUGGACAAGGAACCGCUCAAGGCUUGCGCCCAGAGGACCGCUGAGCAGAAGAAAGUCCAGUCAGAGUUGGAGGGCUUGAAGAAAGACCUGACCAAUGUGGCUGAGAAGACAGAGGAGGUGCUGGCAUCUCCUCAGCAGUCCGGCUCCACCCCAGUACUGCGCUCUGAGCUGGAUAUUACGCUGAAGAAGAUGGAGCACAUCUACAGCCUGUCCUCCGUGUACCUGGACAAACUGAAGACCAUCGACAUAGUGAUCCGCAGCACAAAGGGAGCAGAGGACACCCUCAAAAAGUAUGAAGCCCGUUUACGAGACGUAAACAAGAUGCCAACAGAUGAAAAAGAGGUGGAGAACUACCACACCCAGCUAAAGACAAUGCGUGGCGAGGCAGAGGAUGACCAGAAGACGUUCGACAAUCUCCAGGUGGAACUGAAAAAGGCGGCGGCCGUGAAUGAGCGGAUUAAGCUGGUCCACAGUGAGCACAACACCGAGCUGGAACACUACCGCCAACUAGUGGCCGGGCUAGAGGAGCGCUGGCAGGUCGUGUUUGCCCAGAUAGACCUGCGCCAACAGGAACUGGACUUGCUGGGGAGGCAGAUGUGCGCCUACCACGAGAGCUAUGACUGGCUCAUCAGAUGGCUCGGUGAUGCCAAGCAAAGGCAGGAGAAGAUCCAGGCCAUACCCAUCGGCGACAGCAAGGCCCUUAUGCAACAGUUGGCACAGGAGAAGAAACUCCUAGAAGAGAUCGAGAACAACAAAGAUAAGGUUGAGGAGUGUCAAAAACAUGCAAGGGCAUAUAUUGAUGCGGUCAAGGACUAUGAGCUUCAGGUGGUGACGUACAAAGCUCUGGUGGAGCCCCUGGCUUCGCCCCUUAGGAAAACCAAAAUGGAGUGUGCAUCUGACAAUAUCAUCCAAGAGUAUGUGACUCUGAGAACCCGCUACAGUGAGCUAAUGACUCUGACCAGCCAGUACAUCAAGUUUAUCACGGAGACACAGCGCCGCCUUGAGGACGAGGAGAAAGCUACUGAAAUACUAAAGAAGGAGGAGAGAAAAAAGCUGUCUGAGAUGCAGGCUGAAUUAGACAAACAAAGACAGUUAGCUGAGGCACACGCAAAAGCUAUCGCUAAAGCGGAACAAGAAGCCCAGGAGCUCAAGUUGAAAAUGAAAGAAGAGGUCAGCAGGAGGGAGGUUGUGAAAGUGGAUUCUGAGAAACAGAAGCACAACAUACAGCAGCAGCUGCACGAACUCAAGAACCUGUCAGAGCAAGAGAUCCAAUCCAAGAGCCAGCAGGUUGAGGAGGCACUGUACAGUCACACCAAGAUAGAAGAGGAGAUCCACAUCAUCAGAAUCCAAUUAGAGACCACCAUAAAGCAGAAGGCCACUGCUGAGGCCCAAGUUCAGCAGCUCAGGGACAUGGCUGUCGAGGCUGAGAGACUGAGAAAAGUUACUCAGGAGGAGGCAGAGAAGCUUCGCAAGCAGGUGAAUGAAGAGACUCAGAAAAAGCGCAACGCGGAGGAGGAGCUGAAACACAAAGCGGAGGCAGAACAAGAGGCUGCCAAGCAAAAGCAGAAGGCCCUGGAUGAGGUGCAGAAGUUCAAGAUGCAAGCUGAAGAGGCAGAGAGGCGCAUGAAACAGGCAGAGGAGGAGAAGCAGAGGCAGGUCAUGGUUGCAGAGGAGGUGGCACAGAAGAGUGCCGCUACCGAGCUGCAAACCAAACGCAUGUCCUUUAACGAGAAGGCAGUAAAGCUUGAGGCAUCACUGAAACAAGAACAGGACACUGUUAUUCAGUUGCAGGAACAGGCAGAGCGCCUCAAGAAACAACAAGAGGAAGCCAACAAAGCCAGGGAGGAAGCAGAGAAGGAACUUGAGAAGUGGAGGCAGAAGGCCAACGAGGCACUCCGUUUGAGACUCCAGGCUGAGGAAGAUGCCCAUAAGAAGAGCCAGGCUCAGGAGGAAGCAGAGAAGCAGAAAGAGAACGCUCAGCGAGAGGCAAAGAAAAGGGCUAAGGCUGAAGAGGCUGCUCUUAAGCAAAAGGAAAUGGCAGAGAAGGAGCUGGAGAAACAGAGGAAAUUGGCAGAGGGAAUGGCCCAGCAGAAACUCUCUGCAGAGCAAGAGCUAAUUCGCCUAAGGGCUGACUUUGACCAUGGUAAGCAACAGAGGUCUCUAUUGGAUGACGAGCUCCAGCGCCUGAAAAAUGAGGUGAAUGCUGCUGUAAAACAAAGGAAAGAGCUAGAAGAUGAACUGGCCAAAGUAAGACGUGAAAUGGAAGUUCUUCUUCAGAUGAAGUCCAAAGCUGAGAAGGAGACCAUGUCUACAACAGAGAAAAGCAGAAAUCUCCUUGAGUCUGAGGCAUUGAAAAUGAGGCAACUAGCUGAAGAGGCAACUAAGCUGAGAUCAAUUGCUGAAGACGCAAAGAAGCAGAGGCAGGUAGCAGAGGAUGAGGCAGCUCGGCAAAGAGGAGAGGCUGAGAAGAUACUCAAGGAAAAACUGGCAGCCAUUAAUGAAGCAACUUGUCUGAAAACUGAAGCUGAGAUUGCCCUGAAGGAUAAAGAGGCAGAAAAUGAGCGACUUAGGAGAAAAGCCGAAGAUGAGGCUUAUCAGAGAAAGGUCCUGGAAGACCAAGCAAAACAGCACAAGCAAGACAUUGAUGAAAAGAUCACCCAGCUUAAGAAAACUUCUGAUUCUGAAUUGGAGAGGCAGAAGAAGAUUGUAGAGGAAACUCUUAAGCAGAGGAGGGUGGUCGAAGAGGAGAUUCGCAUACUAAAACUAAACUUUGAGGAGGCAUCAACAGGCAAGUUGGAUCUUGAGUUGGAGUUGAACAAGCUUAAAGGCAUUGCAGAUGAGACACAUAAGAACAAAGUCAAGGCGGAGGAAGAAUCAGAGAAACUCAGAAAGCAUGCUUUAGAGGAGGAGAACAAAAGGAAGCAAGCUGAAGAGAAAGUAAAAAAGAUCACUGCAGCAGAGGAAGAGGCAGCGCGACAAUGGCAGGCAGCUCAGAAAGAAGUGGAGCGCCUUAAAAAGAUUGCUGCUGAUGCUAACAAGCAAAAGGAGGAUGCUGACAAAGAAACAGAGAAACAGAUUAGUGUAGCCAAAGAGGCUGCACAGAAAUGUAGUGCUGCAGAAAAGAGAGCACAGGCUGUUCUGGUCAAGCAGAAAGAGGACAAUCUUUUCCAGGGCAAGCUCAAAGAGGAGUUUGAAAAGGCUAAGAAUCUUGUACAAGAAGCUGAGAAGGCGAAGGAAAACGCUGAGAAAGAGGCUGCUUUACUCCGUCAAAAAGCAGAGGAUGCUGAGAAGCAGAAGAAAGCAGCUGAAGCUGAGGCUGCCAAACAGGCCAAGGCUCAGGGGGAUGCUGAGAGACUGAGGAUGGAAGCAGAGCAGGAGGCUGCAAAGCAAGCAGAAGCUGAGGCUGCUGCUCUGAAACAGAAACAGCAGGCAGAUGCAGAGAUGGCCAAGCACAAAAAGCUAGCUGAACAAACAGUGAAGCAGAAGAAACAAGUUGAGCAGGAGCUGACAAAGGUGAAACUACGACUGGAUGAGACUGAUAAGCAGAAAUCUGUUUUGGAUGAAGAGCUUCAGCGCCAGAAGGAUGAAGUUAGCAAUGCUGUCAAGCAGAAAGCUCAAGUGGAGGAUGAACUAUUCAAGAUCAAGGUCCAGAUGGAGGAGCUGAUCAAACUUAAGCUUAGAAUUGAGAAUGAAAACCAGCGUCUCAUGAGUAAAGACAAAGAUAAUACUCAGAAAUUCCUGGAAGAGGAAGCUGAGAACAUGAAGAAGCUUGCGGAGGAUGCUGCCAGGCUAAGCUUAGAAGCUCAGGAGGCAGCCCGAGAGAGACAGAUUACAGAGUCCGAGCUUGAAGAACAGAGGGCUCUUGCUGACAAAAUGCUGAAGGAGAAAAUGCAAGCUAUCCAAGAAGCAGCUAAACUGAAAGCUGAGGCAGAGAAUCUCCAGAAACAAAAGGACAAGGCUCAGAAGCAGGCCCAAAAACUGCUGGAGGACAAGCAGCAGAUGCAGCAACGUUUUGAGGAGGAGACAGAGGGCUUCCAAAAAUCCCUAGAGGCUGAGCGCAAGAGGCAGCAUGAAGCUACGGUGGAGGCAGAAAAACUGAAGCUUAGGGUGACACAGCUUAGUGAUGCUCAGUCUAAAGCAGAAGAGGAGGCCAAGAAAUUCAAGAAACAAGCAGAUGAGAUCAGGGUUCGUCUCCAAGAGAAAGAGCAACAUGCUUCAGAAAAAGUAAUUUUAGAGAAACUGGAGGUGCAGAGAUUACAGAGCAGCAAAGAGUCUGAUGACCUACGCAAAGCCAUAGCUGACCUUCAGAAAGAAAAUGAGAAAUUACAAAAAGAGGCUGCAGAUCUACAGAACAAUUCUAAAGAGAUGGCCAAUGCCCAACAGGAACAAAUUAAAAAGGAAAAGAUCGUUCUUGAGCAGACUUUCCUGACAGAAAAACAAUUGUUGUUGAAAAAAGAAAAGCUCAUUGAAGAAGAGAAAAAUAAGCUUGAGAAACAGUUUGAGGAUGAGGUUAAGAAGGCCAAAGAUCUCAAAGAUGAGCAGGAUCGUCAAAGGAAGCAGAUGGAACAGGAGAAGAAGAAACUCCACGCUACAAUGGAUGCCGCUGUUAAAAAGCAGAAGGAUGCUGAGGAGGAGAUGAGCAACAAGCAGAAAGAGAUGCAGGAUCUUGAAAAGAAAAGGCUUGAACAAGAGAAAUUGUUGGGUGAGGAGAAUGAAAAGCUUCGAGAGAAGCUGCAGCAACUUUCUACAUUAAAAACAUCAGCAAAAUCCCACACUAAAGAAAUGGAGAUGCAAACGGAUGAGGUCCCUGAAGAUCAGCUGAUUGCAAUGACAAUGGUGGGAACAACAAAGAAAGUAUUCGAUGGGUCUGCAGUAGUUGAUGGUGAGAAGAAAAACGAAGAAUUACCAUUUUCUUUCGAUGGGAUUAGGGAGAAGGUUCCUGCCAGCAGGCUCCAUGACAUUGGUAUACUGAACAAGAAGGACUUUGAUAAGCUGAAAAAAGGCAAAACCACAGUGAAAGACCUGAGCAAGACUGAGAAAGUGAAAACAUGUCUCAAAGGCAAGAAUAGUGUUGGUGGAGUCUUGACUGCAGCCAAGCAAAAAAUGAGUGUGUAUCAGGCCAUGAAAGAGAAUAAACUUUCUCCUGGCGCUGCCACAAUGCUUCUUGAAGCUCAGGCAGCAUCUGGGUUCAUCAUCGAUCCAGUGAAAAACAGAAUGCUCACUGUGGAUGAAGCUGUAAAGGAGGAAUUAAUAGGCCCAGAACUCCAUAACAAAAUGCUUUCUGCAGAAAAAGCAGCUACUGGUUACAAAGAUCCUUACACUGGAGACAAAAUCUCACUCUUUGAGGCCAUGAAAAAAGGUCUGAUUGAAAAAGACCAGGCCGUUAGACUUCUGGAUGCUCAGAUUGCAACUGGUGGAAUAAUUGACCCUGUCAAUAGUCACCGUGUGCCUCUCCAGACAGCCUAUAAGCAGGGCCAAUUGGAUGCUGAGAUGAGCAAAACUCUAUCAAACCCUACUGAUGACUCAAAGUUAUUCAUUGACCCAAGCUCUCAGGAGAGCCUCACUUAUCAGCAACUAUUGGAGAAAUGCACCCCAGAUGCAGAGACAGGCCUACUUAUGUUACCAAUCACAGAGAAAGCUACACAAAGUGACAAGACCUACACAACUGAAGAAACUAAAGAGGUACUCACUAAAGUGAAUAUCUCUGUACCAUUUGGAAGAUUCCAAGGAAAGACUGUGACCAUUUGGGAAAUCAUUAACUCAGAGUAUUUCACAGAGGCACAGAGGAAGGAUCUGAUUCGCCAGUACAAGACCGGAAAAAUUACUGUGGAAAAAAUUAUCAAAAUUGUAAUUAGCGUUGUGGAAGAUAAAGAGAAGAGGAAUGAAAUUGUGUUUGACGGUCUGAGGAUUCCUGUCACUGCAGCUGAACUUCUAGAAUCUAAGAUCCUCAAUAAAGACCUGUUCAACAAAUUGCAUAAUGGUAAAACAACUGUCAAAGAAAUCUCUGAGAUGGAGCCUGUUAAGAAAGCCUUAAGGGGUACACAUAGCAUUGCUGGAGUGAUCAUUGAGUCAACAAAUGAGAAAAUACCAUUCUAUCAAGCUGUAAAGGAACAGAUGCUCUCUCCCGAGACUGCAUUGACUCUUCUUGAAGCUCAAGCUGGGACUGGAUUUGUAAUUGACCCUGUCAAAAAUCAGAAGCUCACUGUGGAUGAGGCUGUUAAAUCAGGUCUUGUUGGCCCAGAGAUGCAUGAACUACUUAUGUCUGCAGAGAGAGCUGUUAAUGGGUACAAAGAUCCCUACACUGGAAAGAAUCUAUCCCUAUUUGAGGCAAUGUUGAAAGACCUCAUUAAGAAAGACCAGGGUAUCCGUCUGCUAGAGGCUCAGCUUGCAACUGGAGGUAUAAUUGAUCCAGUUAAAAGUUAUCACAUCCCACAUGAUGUUGCCUGCAAACGUGGAUAUUUUAACGAUGAAACAAACAAGACCUUGAGCAGCAACACUGAUGAAACUAAAGUUUUCUUUGAUCCUAACAUGUGGGAGAAUGCAUCUUAUGUACAACUCAUGAAAAAAUGUGUCACUGACAAAGAUACUGGUUUUCCAUUUCUUCCGCUCUCAGAGAAAGCAAUUCAAAAGUCAAAAGAGGGACAUUAUAAGUCAAAAGAGGAACAUCAAUACACUGAGGUCCAGAUCAAAGAUGCCCUGAACCAGGCAACUAUGGAUCUGCCGUAUGGACCUUUCAAAGGAAGGAAAGUCACUAUUUGGGAGAUCAUAAACUCUGAAUAUAUUACAGAGGAACAAAGAAUCGAGUUGAUUCGACAGUACAGAACUGGAACAGUGACUAUUGAAAGAAUGAUUACAAUCAUUGUCACAAUGGUUGAUGAAAAGGAGGCUAAGAAACAGGAAAAGGAACAGGCCAGCUUUGAAGGGCUUAGGUCAUCUGUCACUGCCAGCUCAUUGUUUGAAUCCAAAAUAAUUGAUAAAGCUACAUAUGAUCAACUCCAACAGGGUAAAAAGAAACCCAAAGAAAUCAGUGACAUUGACUCAGUCAGAAAAUACUUGCAAGGAACAGAUGGACAGAUUGUAGGCAUCUAUAUGGGCGAAUCAAAGGAAAAGGUUAGCAUUUAUCAAGCAAUGAAGAAGAACAUAUUGAGACAAAAUACAGGUCUUUCGUUGCUCAUGGCACAAGCAGCAACCGGUUUCAUUAUCGAUCCUGUCAAAAACCAGAGGUACACUGUGGAUGAUGCUGUGAAAGCAGGAGUUGUUGGUCCUGAGGUUCACGAGAAACUUCUGUCAGCAGAGAAAGCAGUGACUGGCUACAGAGAUCCAUACACGGGCAACACCAUUUCCCUCUUCCAAGCCAUGAAGAAGGAGCUUGUGCUACGAGAACAUGCUAUUCCCCUGUUGGAAGCUCAGGUGGCCACAGGAGGGAUUAUUGAUCCAGUCAGCAGCCACUGUGUUCCAAAUGAUGUGGCCUUCCAACGUGGCUAUUUCAAUAAGCAAAUGGCUAAUAACUUCACUGACCCCUCAGGGGAUAUCAAAGCUUUCAUUGAUCCCAACAAUAAUGAAAGUUCCACCUACAAACAACUGCAAGAGAAAUGCAUAAGAGAUGCAGAUACCGGUCUGUGCUUCCUGCCGCUAUCAAAGGCUGAAGCUCAAAGUCCCGUGGAAAAGUCAUACGUAUACACUGAAGAAAUGGCACAGACAGACUUGACUAACACUCAAGUGGAUAUCCCUCAUCAGAGCUAUGCAGGGAAGGUAAUGACCCUAUGGGAUGUCAUGGGGUCAAACCUUCUCCCUGAGGAGGAAAAGCUAAGGCUCCUGGAGCAGUAUCGCCUCGGGCAAAUCACAAAGGAGAGAAUGAUCAUCAUCGUCAUUGAAAUCAUUGAACAAAGGGAGAUACUGAAAGGAGAGCAGAGCAUGUCCUGUGAUGUGAUCAGACGAAGAGUCACUAUUGAGGAGCUCUAUAGUUCUCGCAUUAUCGACCUUCAAACAUACAACAUGUUGAAGCAAGAGAAGAAAACUAUCCGGGAGGUAAUGGAAAUGCCAUCUGUAAAGCAGUAUUUGUUUGGCACAGGCAGUAUUGCUGGAAUCCUCUCAGACUCCCCCUCUAAGGUUAGUAUUUACCAGGCCAUGAAGAGAGGUCUCAUUAAGCCUGAUUUUGCUAUCAGUCUCCUGGAGGCCCAAGCGGCAACAGGAUUCAUCAUUGACCCAGUGAAAGAAGAAUUGCUAACAGUUGACGAAGCUGUGCGCAAAGGGCUAGUCGGCCCUGAAAUCCAUGACAAACUUCUCUCUGCCGAGAGGGCAGUCACUGGCUACAAGGAUCCUUACAGUGGAAAAGUAAUCUCUCUCUUCCAAGCGAUGAAAAAAGACCUUGUUCCUGAGGACUAUGCCCUGAGGCUCCUUGAAGCCCAGGCUUCCACUGGGGGACUUAUGGACCCAGAAUACUACUUUCACCUUCCCACAGAUGUUGCCAUGCAACGCGGAUACAUCAAUAAGGAAACGUAUGACAGGAUCACUGAUCCAAACAGUGAUGUACAAGGUUAUGUUGAUCCAACCACAGAGGAGAGACAGACCUAUGCCCAGCUGCUGAAGAGAUGCAAAGCUGAUAAAGAGAGUGGUCUGCGAUUACUUUCACUGGCCGACAGAAGGCUGCUUUUCAAGGGUCUCAGAAAGCAAAUCACCUUAGAUGAGCUGCUUCGUUCACAGAUUAUUGACCAAAAAACAUACAAUGAUCUCACUGAAGGCCUUAUCUCAGUAGAGGAGGUCAGCAGAGCAGUGAAGAAGUACCUUGAGGGCACAAGCUGCAUUGCCGGAGUAUAUGUAGAAUCCAGCAAAGACCGUCUCUCCAUCUACCAAGCAAUGAAAAAGAACAUGAUAAGACCCGGGACAGCCUUUGAACUUCUUGAGGCUCAAGCAGCAACAGGAUAUAUAAUUGACCCGAUAAAGAACCUGAAGCUGAAUGUUGGUGAUGCUGUUAAAAUGGGAGUUGUUGGUCCAGAGUUCAAAGACAAGCUCAUCUCUGCUGAGCGUGCCGUUACAGGCUACAGGGAUCCGUACUCUGGCAAGAUCAUCUCUCUAUUCCAGGCCAUGAAAAAGGGUCUCAUUCUGAAAGACCACGGCAUUCGCCUAUUGGAAGCCCAAAUUGCCACUGGUGGGAUCAUUGACCCAGAAGAGAGUCACCGCUUGCCAGUCGAGAUGGCCUACACACGUGGCCUGUUUGAUGAGGAGAUGAAUGGCAUUCUUACAGACCCAUCUGAUGACACCAAAGGCUUCUUUGACCCUAACACUGAGGAGAACCUCACUUACCUGCAACUGAUGGAGCGAUGUAUGAUUGACCCGGAAACUGGACUAGCACUUUUACUGUUGAAAGAAAAGAAACGUGAGAGGAAGACAUCCUCUAAAUCGUCUGUGCGUAAACGCAGGGUAGUCAUUGUUGACCCAGAGACGGGCAAAGAGAUGUCUGUAUAUGAGGCAUAUCGCAAAGGACUUAUAGAUCAACAGACCUACAUGGAGCUUGCAGAGCAAGAGUGUGAGUGGGAGGAGAUUACUAUAACCUCAUCUGAUGGUGUUGUGAAGUCCAUGAUCAUUGAUAGGAGGUCUGGCCGACAGUAUGACAUUGAUGAUGCAAUCACAAAGGGCCUCAUUGACCAGUCUGCUCUGGAUCAAUACCGUGCUGGAACUCUGUCCAUCACAGAGUUUGCAGACAUGUUGUCCGGAAACAUAACUGGCACCAGAUCCAGGUCAUCCUCUUUCGGGUCCACAUCAUCUUACUCCAGUAGCCCAGCUCCCUCUAUCAAACCCCCAGCAACAAUAUGGAAUGACCCAACAGAAGAAACCGUGCCUGUGGCUGGAAUACUGGAUACUGACACAUUGGAAAAGGUGUCUGUCACAGAAGCCAUGCACAGAAAUCUUGUGGACAAUAUCACAGGUCAAAGAUUGCUGGAGGCUCAGGCUUGCGUUGGUGGCAUCAUUGAUCCAAACACUGGAGAGAAGUUCUCAGUUUCAGAUGCAAUGAACAUGGGACUUGUGGAUAAGAUCAUGGUUGACCGAAUCAACCUGGCACAGAAGGCCUUCAAUGGAUUUGAGGAUCCCAGAACCAAAAAAAAAAUGUCUGCCGCACAAGCAUUAAAAAAAGGGUGGUUGUAUUAUGAGGCGGGUCAGAGAUUCCUGGAAGUACAAUAUCUAACUGGUGGUUUGAUCGAACCAGAGGUCACUGGCAGAGUUCCACUAGACGUUGCAGUCAACAAGGGCACCCUAGAUGCACGUACUGCACAAAAGCUACGAGAUGUCAGUGGAUACUCCAAAUACCUCACCUGUCCAAAGACCAAGCUUAAGAUCUCAUACAAGGAUGCCAUGGAUAGAAGCAUGAUUGAGGAGGGUUCUGGUCUGCGUCUGUUGGAAGCCUCUUCUCAAUCAAGUAAAGGCCUUUACAGUCCCUACAGUGUUAGCGGUUCUGGGUCUGCAUCCGGUUCCCGGCCCGACUCAAGAACUGGCUCCAGGUCAGGCUCCAGACGAGGGAGCUUUGAUGCCACAGGCUCUGGUUUCUCCACUAACUUUUCCCCCUCCUCCUUCAGCUCGACGAGCUAUGGGCGCAGAUAUAAUGCAGGAUUACAAAGCGGACUUAGCAUGGAUGAGCUAGCACAGGCCCUGACAUCAUUAGCAAUGGGCAGGAACUGCAGUUCUGAAGAGAGAAUAUUCACCACAAUACAACCCAAUUACUCACCAGUUGCCUAAUUCUUAUUAGAAAAAUAGACUACCUUUAUUCUGCUCUGCAUGUCGUUAUUAUGGGGCUUUUCUGCAGUAUAUUAUACAUCUUUUUGCUGGCUUUACAUUUUGUCCAUAGUUUAUUCAGUUAAAUCUUUUUGAAGUACAUUUUUGGUUGCUCUCUUUUGUUUUGUGUAGUCUGGCAAUGUUGCCAUUAUUUAUAUGCUUACAUACAGAAGAGUUGUAUUUUUAGCAACUACAAUUAUAUUGAUAAUAACGUUUUCAGUGUUAGACAUAUUGACAUAUUUUUUUCAUUUUUAAGCCAGCUUGUUAUUAGUUCUAAUUCAUUAUACUUCUAUAGUUACAUUUUCAGACAUUUGAGUAAAAAUUAUAUUUUGAUUUUUUUUAUAUAUUUCUGUUAAAUUCCAUCAAAGAAAGAACAAUAUCUAUUAUAAAGUAUACCAUUUUAUGGCAAAAACAAAUUAGAUGUAAACGCUGUUAAACGGAUGUCUGUCAUUACAAAUAUAUAGAAAGGAAAGCAUCCAAUCUGCAGAGUAGAAUAAGGAGUCACAGGACAAUUAAUUAUUAUAACACUGGAAGAAAUGCUUAAACAAAAACCAAGCUUCAAGAUCUUUUCUCAUCUCGGCUACAGUGCCGCUAAUGUUUGGAUUCUACCUAUCCCCUUCUUGUAAUAUACAAUGGACUACCAAUCAGUUAAAACUAUGCAGUCUUUAUACAGUCAAGCACCUUAUGGAGAGAGCAUUCCAAGGAUGGCAAUCCCAACAUAAUAUAACCUGGACAAACUCACUUGAAGUGAAAGAUGCCCCAAAUCACCAUGAAACAGCUCGGUCUCAUCUCAAGCUGAAAUAACUUCUCAGCAGAACCAUUGCUUCUCUGGAGACUUUUGAAAGCCAUCCCCACUCCUCCUCUUGUGUGCUUAUGCUUUGAUGUCUUCCAAUAUCCUGAGAACCUCAAGUCAAAAAGAAGAUCACCGGCAAUGUUCAAGACUGCACCGACAUACAUGUCCAUAAUUUGUUUUAGACUUUUUAUUUUUCAGCCAUUUAUUCAAAAAAUAAAGGAUGAUGUUGUUAA